CUGACCUAAUGUGACCUUCUUUCAAGAUUGAUUAUAUAAAUAUACAUAAUAGUGUUUUUCAUUUAGGAAAUAAUGAAUGUAACAUCUUUUUACUGCAAUUGAAGCCAAGUAGAUCAUCGUGAUACAGUCGUGCAACUUUCUUUUUAUGGUCAUCUUGGUACACAAGGGCAUUAUCUAUGUUUUUGACGAAAUCUAACCAAAGGUGUAUUGAGGAUCACCCCACGUGAUCUCUGGUCAACAGGCUGUGAUACAUAAAGAAACCAGUAAAAAUUAUUCAUAAAUAAAAUCUACGAUACAUACCAAAGAACGCUGUUUAGUUCUAUUGUAAACAACAACUGAUACCCAUGAAUUCAUACUCUGCACUUUCCCGCACAGCAAAAUGUCAAAAAAAUCUCUUUUAAGCUUUUUUUACUUUCUUUUCUCUCUCUUUCUUAGAAUUAUGCCCUCCACUUCCUUGUCAGUAACGUCAGAUGAUACUACAAAAUACAUCAUUGGUAUUUGUGCUAUGGAUAAAAAAGCAAGAUCCAAGCCUAUGCGAUAUAUAUUGAAUAGACUACUUGCUUGCGGAAAUUUUGAAAUUAUUAUUUUUGGUGACAAGACUAUAUUGGAUGAAGACGUAGAGAACUGGCCGGGUUGUGAUUUUCUGAUAUGUUUUUUUUCCUAUGGAUUCCCACUUGAUAAAGCCAUCAGAUAUUGGAAGCUCCGUCAACCGUUUAUUGUCAAUGACAUUUGUAUGCAGUCACUUUUAUGGGACCGUCGAAUUGUCCUUGCCAUUCUUGAUGCUGUCGGUGUACCAACACCACCACGUCUUGUCAUUUCUCGCGACGGUGGUGCCAAAAUAGAUCCUGAUGCAGCAAAGGCAUUUUAUGAAAGGACGGGUAUGGAUAUACAUCGCGUUUUGGAAAAAUAUAUGAAGAAUACGACAGACUAUUCUAUUUCCGAAGACAGUAUUGAAGUAGAAGGCACGACGCUCAAAAAGACAUUUCUCGAAAAACCUGUGGAUAGUGAAGACCAUAACAUCAACAUUUAUUAUUCAAAGGAGCAAGGUGGAGGUGGAAGAAGAUUGUUCAGAAAGGUUGGUAACAAAUCAAGUGAGUUUGAUCCAGAUUUAAGUAUCCCCGCUCAAGAUGGAUCAUGGAUUUAUGAACAAUUGAUGCCAACAGAAAAUAGCGAAGAUGUUAAAGUGUAUACAGUCGGUUCAACUUAUGUUCAUGCUGAAACCAGAAAGUCUCCUACUGUGGAUGGACUAGUGAAGCGAAAUACAGAGGGUAAAGAAAUUAGAUAUGUUGCCGAAUUAACAGAAGAAGAAAAAAAUAUUUCGGCCAAGAUAUCAGCAGCAUUUGGACAGAUGAUCUGUGGCUUCGAUAUGUUGCGCGUACAGGGAAAGUCUUAUGUCAUUGACGUCAAUGGUUGGAGCUUUGUAAAAGGAAAUGAGCAUUAUUAUGACGAAUGCUCCAAGAGAUUAAGCGAUGCUUUUCUUCGAUCUGUACAAAGACGUCCAUCGACGACCAUACAUGAUAUUCCUCGUGGUAUUGCCCCGGAAAAUUCUUGGAGAUUAAAGGGCUUUGCUGCCGUGUUCCGUCAUGCUGAUCGUACGCCAAAGAAUAAGCAUAAAAUUUCCCUUAUUGCUCAGCCCUUUGUUGAACUGUUGGGAGGAAGCACUCAAGAGGUCGUGUUUCGUCAAAAACAUCAGCUACAGUUAGUUCUCAAUGCGAUCAAUAAGUGUUUGGAACUUAAAUUGGAACAGGAAAGUAAACUGUUGGCCCUGAAAGAAAUACUCGAAAGGAAAUGCGAACUUCCGGGCACCAAAGUACAGGUCAAGCCUAUUUUCGAUAAAGAAUCUAAUAAGCUGCGAAAGUUGCAGGUGAAUGUCAAGUGGGGUGGCGAAUUUACCCAUGCCGGUUUACACCAGUCAAGAGACUUGGGUGAAAAUCUGCGAAAGGAUAUCAACAUAUUAAACAAGCAUUUGUAUGAGGACGUAAAGAUAUGGAGUAGUUCAGAACGAAGAGUUCGUGCUACUGCCGACGUGUUUGCUCGAUAUUUCCUUGGACAGCCAGAAUCGAUUGAAGGGGUCAUUUCUGAGAGCAAGUACUUGCUUGACGACAGUAACGCAGCAAAAGAGCAAAUGGAUUCUGUAAAGAAACAACUAAAGUACCUUCUUCGUCCUGGUUAUGAAAUAUCACCUGUUUUACUUGCACAGACAAACUGGCCUUCUAGUCUUCCUCAACCCCACGUUGUCUUGCAAGAAGUAUCCAACACGAUGGCUCGACUAAGAAAUAUCAUGAGGCUCAACUGGGCUACCAAGGACGUCGAUCAAUUACAGCGUCGCUGGUGUUGUUUUGAAUCGCCUAACCUGUUUAAAGAGCGCUGGGAAAAGAUGUUUAACAAUUUUUGCCAGGAUUCGACAACAACUGACAGCAGUGAUAAUCUAUCAGAUGCAAAGAAGGAAGGCUCAUUUUGGCCAGACCCAUCUGGUAUUCCUGAACUUUAUGACUCACUCAAGUAUGAUGCCCUACAUAACCGUCAGUUCUUGGAGGCCAUCUUUAGUGAUCCCGAAGCAAUGUCGACACCACUCUCAUCAAGCCCAGUGGCCAGUCCAGAUAGUCCACAUGAUUCCCACAGUAUCAAACACAAAGAGUUUUGUAAUAACGAUCUUCGAAACCUCUAUACAUACGUACGAGAGCUGUUCAAUUUCGUUGCGCCUCAGGAAUAUGGCAUUAGUGAAAAAGAAAAGAAGACCAUUGGAAUGCUCAUUGGUUUACCUUUACUGAAGAGUAUUUUGGGUGACCUUGAAGAGUUUAAAAAUUCGGAUAAGCCAAAGACAAGACUGUAUUUCACAAAAGAAUCCCACGUUCAUGCACUCUUGAACUUGGUCUAUCUCUCUGGCCUGCCUACAAGAUUUCCUAGGCCAAUUUUGCCUGAACUGGACUUCUUGACACAAAUAACAUUUGAAUUAUACGAAAGAAAUCGACAUGAUGGCACAGAGAGAGAAUAUUCACUUCGUAUAGCAUUCAGUCCAGGUGCACACUAUGAUUCUGUUCUUGAUCUCCACAUGGAUGCUGAACAUUGUUUAAAAGUUGCUCCCAGAAAGAAUUUAAUUCCACAUUUGUCUCUUGACGAAGUGCUUCAGUAUUACAAAACUGCUUACUUGCGAAUUCCCGAGUUACAUGCCAUCGAACAACAAAUAGAUGAAGAAAAACUAUACUAUGCUCAAGAAGACAACCAGUAAUUUACUAAUCUGUACACACAUAUAUAUACAUAUAUACAACUAUACAACAUAUAAUUUCAUAGACAUCACACACACAGACACAUCCUCCCUUCCACAUAAUCUAUUAUACGCACUGUAUCCAAUAAAGUAUUCCUCUCCCCUUUUUUUCCCCAAAACCAAGCUGCUAUCAUUGCAAACGUCUCUUUUAUUGUAAAAAUAAGAAACAGGUCACAACCAGAAAAUAUGCGGCAAGCUGCUUAUCGGUUGG